UCCCUUCCCCCUUCUCUCCCCCCCCUCCUCGCCGCGGAAAUGGCGGACGACAACAAAGCCCAGUGUGUUCAGGUCGCCAUCCGGUGCCGCCCCCAGAACACCAAGGAGGUGAAUAGCGGCGAGGCCAACAUCGUGGAGAUCGAGGAGGCCUUUGUUGAUUCAGGCCACCCAGGUGGUGUGGUCCUCUCCGACCCAGCUGGCAAGGAGGAACCCGCGAGCUUCAAGUUCGACAUCGUGUUCGGCCUCUCCGUGCGGCAGGAGGACGUGUACAACUCGGUCGGGCUGCCCGCCCUGAACAAGACGUUUGAGGGCUACAACGGCACUAUUUUUGCGUACGGCCAGACCGGGUCGGGGAAGAGCUGGUCGAUGUCGGGGGUGCCCAAGGACCCCGAGCUCCGGGGCAUCAUCCCGCGCAUGAACGACGCCCUUUUCGAGCGCAUCGGGAAGGAGCAGGUUGGCACCCGGAAGUUCUUGGUGAUGUGUUCGUACUUCGAGAUAUACAACGAGAUCAUCUUCGACCUGCUCAACCCAGUGUCCGACAAGGGCAAGUUGGGCGGGGGUCUGCAGAUCAAGGACUCAGACCUUGAAAUGAAAAUCGGAACGCAAUCACUUUCUCAGGGAGUUGUGUUUUCGUGAAAGGGGUGUCUCGGGGGACGGGUUGUGUUAUCUAUGAGUCGCCUUUACGUUCUCUGGGCGCAGGCGCCAGGGCAGGACGUCCGCGGAGCCACGGCAAGUCGUCCGUGCCCUCCCACUUGGGCAUUUAUGGCCCCCCCCGGCCUACGGGCAAGGCGCCGAAAUAAGUACCGGUUUUGGUUUGGGAGGGGCUCGGGUUUUCUGACCGCUC